UGUUCUUUAUCGAUGUCGAUCAAGUUCCUCGACGUGUUUCACUUCACCUUAAUAUAGAUCUAAAGGUAGGACGUAACUUCAUAAGAAUAUUUGCGAAGAAUAUAUAUUUCCGGUUAACUAAAUUUAUAUGAAGAAACUGGAAUGUUAGAAGGUUAGGAGAAUUUCAAGUAAUUGUUAAUGGUUAAGUAAUGACCGUAAUGUUCUCGCUUCGUUUACUUAAUUUGUACUUUGUUUAAUAUACGUACAGUUUUAUUUCGCGUUAUGUUUUCUUAUGGAAUAGUUAUCGUCGGCGAUGUUAUUUGAUAUUUCGGAGCAAAAUGAAGUGCCAUCUUCGGAAAUUUGUUGAUAACAGUGACAUAUAUGUUCACGGAAUCCAGAGAAAUUUGAUUUAAAGAAGGAGACAAAGUACAGGCAACUAUGCGAGCGUCUGUUGUCACCGAUAACUGGCUUUUGUUUCGAAAUAUGGAAAAAAUUCCUGCAAAUACGGCGGCCGGAGAUGUGACGAAAUACAAUUUGCGUUGCAUUAGAAAUGUCAGCGAGAAGAUGACAAAGAAGGAUUUCAUCUACGACAUGCGUAGGCCGAUGCAAUGUCAAAGAAAGUUCGUCGAGCGAAGACGGCCCAUCGUGCUGCCGAUCCAGCUUCGCCGGAAACAGAGUACGAAUUCGAAGAUGCCACAGUAUACUGUCAUUUCGACUAAGGGGGAACAUGGCGGCAGUGGAGACGCGAUUUUGAUUCCUGAGAAACGAGUCCUAGGAUACGAAUGCAAUUUUUGCCAGGAGCCAAUUGCCACAUUGUUGUCCCUGUCUACGCAUGUGAAAUUCCACUGCCAGAAAUAUUGUAAAAUAUGUUACUGGGUCUUAGCAGAAAAUGAAAGUAUGGAGCAACAUGUAGCAAGCUCACAUCGGAUUCUACCAGGUAUAAGUCUGAACAUGUGAGCCUGAUGUCUACUAAUUAGAUAGAAACAGAUUUCUUUUGAAGGAAACGUUUUCCAGACACUCCUGAAAGAUUUAUUUCCUUCGAUAAUGGACAAACACUCAAUUUAUUGUCUCAUGAAAGUCCACGGACGAUCCAUGUAAAUACUUAAGUAGCAAUCGCAUCAUUUAAGUCUCGAUGUUUAAUAUUAUUGAAACGCUUUUUAUAAAUCUCCUAUAACUUAUAAACCUAACAGCGUACAAAAGGUACUUCAAUGUUCGGUUUCGCCAGAUUUAUAUUUAUACAAAGAGAACCGAUAUAUUUUUAAUACGAUACGCUGUGUACGACUAUACAAAAGUAUGCACGUAGUAAAGUAAAAAAUUAAAACGGACGUAGGUCUUAUUACUACGCUUGUUUAACAUAAUAUCCUGUAUCCCUAGAAAAUAAAUAUAUGGAAAGCAAUCGUUCAAUUAGUUUCAUUGUUUGCGCUUAUUUCUUUAAUAUUAGUGGAACCUCAUUCGGGUAAUAAACAAUUUCAAUUAGAACGUUCCUUUCCUUACAUUUGUAAUAUUAUAAGAUUACAUAAGUACGAAGUUUGUAUCUAUCGUCAAAGGCAUUUGGUAUUGAUAC